UCUCAGGAAAUAUUUUUCAAAUACGGAAUGAUGAUCGUUGUUGCGGGCAUGCUCGCAGUGAUGUUGAAUAUGGUAAAUUCAAAAGGAAGCAUUUCCGUUACAGAGAACGAAUUGAAAAUGUUACACAACUCGAAACUGAUUUUCUUUCCGAAUGAAAAAGUUCCAGAUAGGUUUGAUGCUCGCCAAAAGUGGCCAGAAUGCACUUCUAUUGGACGUAUCUUGAACGAGGGUGAAUGCGACAUGAACUGGGCCAUUGUUUUGACGGAGACUUUAAGCAACAGAUUGUGUAUAAGGAGGGGAAAGGAAAACGCGUUUGACUAUUCAGCGGUGGAUUUAUUUACGUGCUGCAAAGAAUGUGCCAUAGAGGAUCGGUGUACCGGUCGAUGGAAUCUAACCAAAGCCUUAGAAUUUUUGGAAAAAACCGGUGUUGUGUCUGGUGGUUCAAACGGCUGCAAACCUUUUUUACCGAACUUGAUAGCCAGAAGCGAAAUUAACAUUUGCAGAAAACUGUGUACAGAUGGAGACUACAGCAGGUCUCUCAAAGCAUCCAAGAAAUUUAUGAGGAGUUUUAAGUUUCGCUUCAAUUUCACAGAUUCAUAUUCAGAUGAUAUUCAAGCCGAAAUUAUGACAAAUGGGCCAAUUGUGACAUGUAUCAAAUCUAGUGACACAUUUAGAAAUUACAGGAACGGAAUUUAUGAACCUGACGACACUGAAGAUUUAACAAAUUCGUCUCAACACUGCGUCAAAAUAAUUGGCUGGGGGAAGGACAAUGGGCGUUCAUUUUGGCAGGUCGCUAAUUCGUGGGGCCAAACUUGGGGGGAACAAGGAUAUUUUAAGUUUCCUCAAAACGAUACUCAUCUAGGAUUUGGAACACUCGCUAUUGCUCCAGUUCCACAGAGUUAUACUUGUGGGGACUUUUCUGAUUUCGGCCAGUGCGGGUACGAUCACCACGCUCCUCAGUGCAAAAUUUCAGUGUACGCAGUUUUCUCACUUCUCCUAGUGUGUACUUUACUUUAAAUUUAUGUUCAGACUAGUACAAAUAAACGCAGAUGUUGUCAA